UCAACUAUCUAAAUUCAGUUGUCAGUGCGGACACUGCUCGCUAUAGGAAUCAGCACUGCAAACAAGCGGUAAACAUGAGGACACUCAUCACAUUCGUUUUGUGUAUGAUUGUAUAUACGACCAAUGCCCAAAAUGGAUUUAAGAAGUCCCGUGCUGUUAAAGACUAUGAGAACAAGGUCAAAAUUGAAGAAAUGAUAAGAAUAGUCAAGGCACGGUCAGCAGAACGGAGGAAAAGGGAGGCAACCAACACCACAAUCUACGAUCGAGUAGUGCGAUCGGCUGAAGAUGAAACGCAAGUAGAUCUCAGUUCACCAGACUUCGAUGGAAAGAAUGUCGAUCCUGACUCCAAUCUCGCUCUGAUACUCGAAAGUAUGUUGAUUUCAUACGACGGCAAACUUCACAGGGCCAAAGGUGCCGAAAACCUGGAGAGACAAAGGAGCAACAUGUGGGGACAAAACCAUGACUCCCACAAACUAACACACCGACAAAAAGUCAUCAUGGGUCUGGAAUCGGAAUUGCAAGAUACAGAAGGUCGGAUGGAAAAUUUCAUCUCCCGUCCUCUUUGGGAACAAGCUAUAGUACCGUACGAGAUAGCGUCCUCUUUCAAUACAAAUCAGCGAAAUACCAUCCUUGGGGCAAUUCAAGAAAUGGCAGCCAAAACAUGCGUGCAAUGGUUGCCAAGAUCGACGGCUUUAGCAAACCAACUUGGACAUCAAUCGUAUGUCAACAUCUUCAGUGACAGUGGUUGUUAUUCAUAUGUCGGUCGAGUGUUUUCUGGCAGGCAGGAUCUCAGUCUGCAAAUUCCCGGUUGUGUAUCGAAUAGUAUCACUUUACACGAGAUGUUACACGCAAUGGGAGGUCAUCAUGAACAGAGUCGGACAGAUCGAGACAACCACGUCGAAAUUUUAUGGGCGAACGUGAAUGGCGGCCAAGGUAAUAACAAUAUGGCGAAGUCAUCUACUGAUGACGUAAACCCAUACGACGUGGCCUCCAUCAUGCAGUAUUCUCUCAGGGCGUUUUCGAUAAACGGAAGUCCGACAAUACGUUUAUUCGAUACACGACUGAACUUCUUGGCUGACUCAGCAAAUGUACUCAGUUUUUACGACACGCAAGAUGUCACAGAUUCUUACAGAUGCACAUCCGGUUGCACUAAUCCUCCAACAUGUCAACACAAGGGCUUCGUCAACUUUAACUGUCAAUGUGUAUGCCCAAGAGACGUGACUGGUACAAACUGCGAGACACUGAUAUCAGAUUCAGUAUGCGGAGGAGAUAUCACGUUGGCAGCCGGAGUUCCACAAACAAUUUUAUCUCCAAAUUACCCCAACAAUUACGUGUCAGGACAGAAGUGUGUCUGGUAUAUUACGUCUCCUUCCGAUCUACAUAUACAUUUGACCAUUAAUGACCUUGGGCUGUCCAGUAGUAACAGCGCAUGUUACCACACACUCGAGGUGCAGUACAACUUGAUUGGUCAGACAGGUCUAAGACACUGCGGAAAUUUACAGGGCCUUACCUAUAUGACUUCUUUGGAUAAUAAGAAUACCAUGAUGCUUAUAUUUGAUGCUAACUUUGUCAGUGGUAGGCCGCCGAGUAGAGGGUUCAACUUGACAGUACAAACCCGAGGGUCAGGCUGUCUUAACAAUCCCUGCGUUUACGGCACAUGCACUUCAGCAAAUGAUGGCUCGUACACUUGCGCGUGUGACAGCGGUUUUACAGGCUUAAAUUGUGACACUCUCAUAGGUGAUCCGACUAUAAUAUGUGAUUUCGAAAGUGGUCAAAGUUGUUUCAUGGCUGACGCCCAAGAUGAUGCCUUCGAUUUCACUAUAAACACAGGAUCCACUCCGUCCGUCGGGACUGGACCGUCCGGUGCUUACUCGGGAGUCCAAUACCUGUACGCAGAAAUGUCUUCACCUCGAUCCCAAGGCGAAAUCGCCAGGCUCGUAUCAAAUCUUAACUUUCCAGUCUCAGAAAAAUGUUUUUCGUUUUGGUACAACAUGAAUGGACCGAAUGUCGAUACUCUCAGACUCAGGGUCACGGGGACGACUUCAAGUCCAAUUGGAGAGGAGGGUCAACAAGAAGCUUUUUCUGCAAGCGUCGAUCAGACGCUUUGGUCGGAGACCGGAAAUCAAGGAGAUAUUUGGAAAAAUACGAAAAUAACGAUACCUUCGCUAAAUAAUUUAAAAAUAAUAAUUGAGGCGCUGGUAGGCUUUAGUUGGGACAGCGACAUUGCUAUAGACGUCCUUACUAUAGAGCCCGGGCCAUGUGUGGUGUCACCAUGUGAUUCAUUGCCAUGCCAGAACGGUGGCACGUGCACCGAGGACGGGGCCACGUUCAACUGCACAUGUACCUCCUCGUUCGAGGGAUCAACUUGCGAGGAUCAAGUUCCGGGUACCACCUUAAUCUGUGAUGCUGAAGCUUUAGAGGAUUGCUUUUUGACCUUUACUGACGCUGGUGAUUUCCCCUGGACAAGGCUUUUUGGGGAGACACCGUCAUUUGACACGGGCCCACUUAAUGCUGUUCAAGGACACUACUACCUUUAUAUAGAGGCGUCAUCUCCCCGGAAUCCUGGAGACACUGCUGUACUCACAACAUCAUCCAUUAACUUGGCGGUUCAACCGCAAUGUUUGCGGUUUUCGUUACAUAUGUACGGGGCCGCAAUGGGAACAUUCAUUAUCAAAAUGACGAGUAAUGUUACCAUUACUCCUGCGGUAUUGUUUACACAGUCCGGUAACCAGGGAAACAACUGGGUCCAACAUUCUGUCGAUAUCCCGGCAGAGGCUGGUCUGGAACUUCAAUUUUAUGGAAUCGUUGGGUCUUCCUUUACGUCCGAUAUCGCUUUGGACAACAUAACUUUGGCAACUGGCACAUGUGAUGGUACAACAGCGACCUCAACAAUACCAACUACUACAACCACGCCAACUACUACAACCACCCCCACCACUACAACCACGCCAACUACUACAACCACCCCCACCACUACAACAACGCCAACUACUACAACCACGCCCACCACUACAACAACGCCAACUACAACAACCACGCCCACUACUACAACAACCCCAACUACUACAACCACGCCAACUACUACAACCACGCCAACCACUACAACCACACCAACUACUACAACCACGCCAACCACUACAACCACACCAACUACUACAACCACGCCAACCACUACAACCACGCCCACUACUACCACAACACCAACUACUACAACAACGCCAACCACGACAACCACGCCUACUACUACCACAACGCCGACUACUACCACAACGCCGACUACUACAACAACGCCUACUACUACAACACUUACCACAACGACGGGUGCGCCUGGUCAAUGUAAUCCAAAUCCCUGUCAAAAUGGAGCCACCUGCUAUGAUCUGGUGGGAUUGGAGUAUCUAUGUGAUUGUGUAUUGGGAUUUGUCGACAGAAACUGUUCAACUGCAAUUUCAACUGGGACGACUUUUGAUUGUACAUUUGAAUCGGGGAGCUGCUUCUUAGUGAAUGACGGAUCUGCCGACUUUACUUUUACGCCUGGAUCAGGCAGCACACCAUCAUUGAACACAGGUCCACCGAGCGCUUCUGAAGGCAAUUCCUAUACAUUUGCGGAAAUGUCCUUCCCCCGUCAAUCUGGAGACAUAGCCAGACUCAUCUCUAACUUCCCUUCAUCAUUCGGUACACCUGGUGCUUUUGACAACCGUUGACCGAUGUCUGACGUUUCAAUACUCCAUGUUUGGUUCCGGUAUGGGGAUGCUGUUGGUAUCAACAAAUUCCACUGGUGAUGCGGCCUGGACUCGUUCAGGCGAUCAAGGACCAGGAUGGAAAAUAGGAGCCAUAGAUAUACCUGCAUCAACAGAUCUAAACAUCACAUUUGAAGCUGUCCGAGGAACUAGUCCUGAAAGUGACAUAGCGUUGGAUGACGUUUUGUUAACCGAAGGCUCUUGCGGUUGCACACCAAAUCCCUGUUUCAAUGGCGGAGUCUGUGUGGUUUUGAAUGCUAAUUUCGACACGGAAUGUAUUUGCCUACCUGGCUACACGGGAACUUUUUGUGAAAAUAUCG